AUGUCGAUGUCGCAGUUAUCCAUGCGUCGCUGCUCUUCACGAAGCUCCUCUUCACGCGCUUCCUUCCGGCUUUCAUCUCGGAGCAGUCCUUCAGCUGCAGAAGAUGCAAGGACUUGCAGAAUCUGGACUGGGCUACAUGUACUUCGCAGAGGCACAGAUGAUGACCUGCAAAACUGCCGAAGUAACAAGCGGCGAGACACUCUGGCUGCGACGAAUGAGUUCCCUCCGCGGGUUGCCACGGCCAAAGAGAUGGAGAGGCUGGGGAGUAGCAAGCGAAACACAAUAUAG